AUGGCACCCGGCCCAACACCUUCGUUGCCGGGGUCGCAUGCAGCUAGCCAGCACCCGAAAGCAACCCCUCUGGUGCAGGCCAACAACCGGUUACCGCAGGACGCCUCAGCCACACCACCUGCGAUGCUUCCAGCCGUCUCCCAGCCAACCCGCACCAACCAUCCUCCAACCCCGGAUGGCUUGGAACCGACUCCCGCCUCACCUGUGACACCCACCGUGGCCACCACGCGUCCACCCAAUAGCCGGUCCCACCCAGGCUCCGUUCCCCGUGCACUCCGCGGCCUCCUGCCACACAAUACUCCUGCCGCUGUUGUCAUUGGUUGA